CUCUCUCUCUCUCUCUCUCUCUCUCUCUCUCUCUCUCUCUCUCUCUCUCUUUUGGCACAGUAUUUUAUGUUUUGCAGUCUUGUGUGUUAAUGAUAUUUUUAAUAUAACACUUUCUAGUAUAUAACAAUGGCUACACCUCAGGUUAAAAGCCAGGUUAUGCCCGAUGGGAAAAGUGCACUUUCAUGCCUUCACUCAUCAUGGAUAACUGUGUUGCGGUGUAGAAACUGUUGCUAAUAGGUUCCCAUCUCUUACCUAAUAGACCUCCCAUGAUAUGUUGGUAUAUAAAUUAUUUUGCUACAGCCAUUGGCAAAACACUGCUUCUUCACUCUUUGAAUCAUCAUUCAAGGUUUGUGAUAGAAUUUUCAUAGUUAGUGGUUGUGUUGAAGAAACAUUAGUUGUCUUAAUGAAGAUUCUGCAAGGCCCACCUUCCUGCCAGCUUGCUGUCUGUUCUGUUGUCAACUUGCCUUUCCCAGCUGAUUCUGCUAGUCAUCCACCCUGCACAUCAAGCUCACUUACAUACACAACAACCAACUACCAACCAACCCUCCUUAAUUAUUUUGCUUAUAUAUUAGACCACUACUAGCCGACUCCAUGUACUCCUAUUUUACCCACAGACCACAGUACUCAUUCAAGUGACUCUUACCAUGGUUACUUCAACUCUUCACUUGCCUUAAUCAUUGACUGGGCCAGCUAAUCACCUUUACUGGGUUCGCUAAAUACACACUUGACUUCUGUGACCCUUCCCAAGGAAAUGUUAGAAUCAUUAGAUGACUCCAUGCGUUGCUUCAAAAAGGUCCUCCUGUCAGUGUAGUCACACCUUUGGCAGAUUAUCAGUGUAAUUAUUGAGGAUAUUCCACAAUCCUCAAGUUUUUCCAUUCUGUCAAAGGUGUCUGAUGUUUCUGCUCCACCAACAGAGCCUUGUCGUGCUGUGACUGGCCCAGUUGUAGUUAUGUCUGCCCAUACUGAAGCACAUGUGCUUAUGGCUCAAGUAUAUCCUGUUUCACUCCUUAUACACCCCAUUCAACUUCUCCUAACCAAUUUCUGGAUCAACAUCCCUCCCUACCUCCCUGAAGGAUUUUUAAAGGUAUAUAAGCACCUAGCCACAGUUAGCAUCUUCUGAGGUAACACCACAAUACAGUCUUAAAAGGUCCUACAUGAUUAAUGUGACUGUGAUGAAACAAACUGUUUUUUAAUGCAAAUAUUUUCAUGCAAGGCUUGUUAAUUACAUAUUGAAUGGCAUGCAACCAUCCUUAUUCUCAUUGCUCCACUUAUGGGUUACACAAAAAGUGAGUUGAAAGGUUGAUAUAUACUCAGAUGUCACCUCUGCAGUAGACUGUUAGAAUACAACAGACUGGCAAACCUGGGAACACUUGGAAUAUAUAUGAUUAAUAGGUUUUUAUAAAAAAUGUAUAUUACAUAACUAACUAAGCAGUUUCAUAGCUGGAAGCCUCCUACCUUGGUAGUCCAAAAGUCAAAUUUUGCAGUGGCAUUGCUAUCACUAGUGUAGGUGAACAGGACCCAGCUACUUUUGGGAUGGGUACAAAUUUGCAGAACAUCCUAAUUCAUUUUCUGACAGCUCCUGGUUAACAUCAGUAGUUGGAUGCAGUACUUGCUUCAUCUUCUGGAUAUUUUCCAGGAAUUUGGUGAAGUAAUUCAUCUUGAACAUUGUUUUUUGCUAUUAGCUUUUGCUGUUAGUUUAUUACCUGAGAUUAGCCUUUUUGCUUGCCAUCCUUAUGUCAGAAUCCAGCCCUUCUGGAAUUCGGUACUGCACCAAAGGAUGUAGGACCAGAUUUAUGAUACUCAUACCAAGUGAAAGGGCAAGAUUUAACAUGCUUAAAUGUAAAGGGUGGUAUGAUAACCAGUGGAAAGUUUAUAGAUCUCAUUCAGACAAAUUAGACAAAGAUAGGAAAAAGAAGGCGGCUCUUAUAGCUGAGUGUAGAGCUAAUCUUGAAGCUAUUCUUUUACAUGAAGAGGCAGAAGAUAGUGCUUUUCCUUCCACUCCUGCUCCUCAUGUAUAACCCAUUUUUAGUUCUCCUUCAUCUUUACCACGGACUCCUUUACCAGGCCCACAUGCCUUUGAUCCUAAUGCCAUUUCCAGUCAGAAAUCUAAGUUCAACAGAAAAGUUUAUUGUUUAGCUAAUACUGUAAUGAAAUUAGGUGCUUCGUUCAGAGCUUUCGUGGACAAAAUUUUGAGUGACAGUGCAUUGAAAAGUGUUAGUGCAGUCAUCCCACCAGUUCUCCUAGACAAAGAUCAUCUCUGUCCUGCUCUCCCGCACUGGGGAGAAGACAUACUGGAGGUUCAAGGGAGGCUGGUGGUGUUUGCCUACGGGCAGUUACCCCCUCUGUCGAGCCUGUUGUUCACUCCCAGGCAUCAGCAGAGUGUCAUUUUAAAGGCGUCUCGGACAGUGGUACGAGAGUCUCCUCAGACACCUAUGUGUCAUCUCCAGAUGGAAGGUGCCAUCAACAUAGUGACAUGGCUUCAUGACCUCUUAAGAGGUAUUUGACAGCUAACAUCUCUCCUCCUCCAGUCAAGAAGCAUUGAAAGGUUGUAUUUAUCCCUCAACCCUCUUGUAGUUAUAUGGCACCUUCUACUGGUGUGCCAGCAGUCAGUGAAUGUCAUUCACCAUGGGACAGUCCAGAGUUGGACAGAUCUUUCAAGCACCUUGUAUUACCCACCAGCUCAAGGAGCGCCAUUCUCCUCCUCAAUGCACAGCAGCAGUACUAGUGCACUUUAAGUUUGCUAUGGGACAUUCAGCAUCAGAAGCAGAGCAUUCGGUAUCAACGUUGGAGCGUCCAGUGUCAACUCCUAUGCUUUAGUCUACAUCAACUUUAGAGGAUCCAGAUUUUGCCCGUCUUUAUUGUCAGUUGCAAGAACUGAUGGUCGGCUCUUCAGAUAAAGACUUCAACUAAGAAUGAAGAAGCGUAAUCUCCAGUUUCAUCCGAGGAAGACGAGACAGAACAAGACUCUGCUUCUUCUUCUGCCUACUCUUCGCUUCUUCGCUACUUAUUGGCUAACUUUUCAGUUUUUCGAGCUUGCUCUUCUGACUUCUUCAGCCUCCACUUUUCUCAUGAGGAAGAAGCCUAGUGACAGUGAAGGUUUGCCCAAGGUGGCUCUCUCCUAUUCAGCCUAGAAACUUAGAAAGUGCUCCGAGAAGUUGAUGAGUGUGAGUGGUUAGCUUCCAAGAGAGAGAUAGGGAAGGCAUCUUUUGCAUUUCCCCCUUCCAAGAUGAUUAAGAAAAGACAUCAUUUUUAUCAACCAGGGAAGCUCCUUCCAUGGGAGUUUCUGUCUCCUCCCAGGGGAACUUCUCUGGCUUGGUAGACGCCUCUCAUCAUUCGGCUUUUGCAGCGGCAAAAGUUAUGUUUUCGUCGCCAGCAGUGAACACACUGGUUAGGAGCCUGUUAAAGGUACUUAAAAUUCUCAGCUUCCUAAAUUAUCUUGUGCAGAUAAAGUGGUCAGUCAUGGUCCCGAUGAGUUUGCUUCCUUAUUUGCAAUGGGAACUCUCAACCCAUAGGAGAUGGGGUAAUAAAUCAAUAUGCAGCCCCGGAGGCCAGCAAAACUUUGAGGUUGGCUAAUUUAAGAAAAAUCACAUCAAUGGAAAGAGGAAGAUAUGCAAAUGCACAUGGUGUAAGAAAAAAAUCCUAAAAAUUUUCCUACCUUCCACAAGUUGAAAAUGACUGCAACCCCUUGUGGGGCAUCUUGUACAAGACAAUCGUAAAUUUUACAAAGAUAUACAUGACUUUUCUAAUAAAUAAAUUUAUUUUAUUUUGUAAAAUUAUAAUUACAGCUCCCACAAUAUCAAAACAGAUAAGAAAUAAAAUUAGUAACAAAUUUUGAGCAUAUUUUUUGUAAAAGAUUUUCGUAAAUUACUAAGAACGAAGAUGCAACAACUUUUAUAGGUUUAUACAUGUUUUUUUCUAAUAUUUAUUUCUUUGCACUUCUCUUUACAUUUAUAACUGACAUACUAUCAUAAAAGAUAAGAACUAAAACCAACAGCAACCUUUUGGUAUGUUUAUGAGCAAAUUUAUAAAAAGUUGUCAUGUGAAACUGAGAGGCACUACAUCCUCCCUUGAAGUCAAGAUCCCAAGUCAUCAGGGGGCUGGAGGCUCGUCCUGGACGUCAGUGCUUUGAAUGCCUUUGUUACAAAGACCACCUUUUGUCUGGAAACGAACCACUCAACGAUGUCGUCUCUGCACCAGGGGGACUGGAUGGUAUCUCUGGAUAUACAAGAUGCAUAUUUUUGCAUACCAGUCCACCCACCCAAAUUCAAGGAAGUUCCUGAGGCUUGUGUUUCAAGACAAGAUUUUCCAGUUUUGGGUGCUAGCUUCAGCCUGUCCAUAGCCCUUCAACUCUUCACACAGGUACUGUCUCCUCUGGGUAAGUGGCUGCAUCUUCUGGGAAUCAACAAUUCAUUAUACUUAGAAGACUGGCUUCUCCAAUCCACGUCUGAUCAACAGUGCAUGAAGGACCUAAAGAAAACGCUCCACCUAACUCGACGAUUGGUCAUUUUAAGAAACACCCAAAACUCUGACUCCUUCGCAACAGAUUCUUUAUUUGAGAAUGAAUUUAAACAGUCAAGCUUUUCAGGUUUCUCUGUUGCAGAAAAUAGUCCUGUUGUGUCUUCAUACAGCCUCUCACUUCCUAACUAGAGAGAAUUAUUCAGCUCUAAAGUGGAUGAGCUUGCUGGGGAUGUUGGCCUCAGUAGAGCAAUUUGUGAAUAUGGGCAGACUUCACAUGAGGCCUCUCCUGUAUUAUCUCAAGCCAAACUGGUGUCGGAAGACCCAGCCAGGCUCAGCACUUUUUCCGAUAUAAACGUAAAUAAAAGAAGAGCUCAGCUGGUGGUCGUCAGAGGAAAAACUUCAAGUAAGGAUUUCCAUCUCUUCUCUGAGCCCCACCCUAGAAUUUUACCCUGACGCAUCGGAUCUAGGCUGGGGAGGUCUGUUAGGAGUUCAUGUCAGGGAAAUGGACAUCAUAUUUCUGGUCACAGGAAAGGUAGUAGCAAUUUACUCGGACAACACAACAGCACUGUCGUGUGUGCAGGACGAAGGAGAAACCCACUCCUUCUCCCUUUACAAAAAGGCCAGUAAUCUCCUUCUUUGGGUGGAUUGGAACCAGAUAAAGCUUAUUCCUUGUUUCAUCCUGGGGAGAAUGAACGUCCUUGUGGAUGAAUUGAGUCGCUCACAUCAAGUGCUACCAACAAAGUGUACUUUGGAUGCAAAAGUAUGCCUGGAUCUAUGAAGGCUAUGGGGAAAACCUUCAAUAGAUCUCUUUGCUACAUUACAGAACAAUCACCUUCCCCUCUUUUGCUCUCCCAUUCCAGAUCCCUUAGCCUGGAAGAUGGACGCAAUGUUAAUGGAAUGGACAGGUCCAGACGUUCAUGCCAUUCCACCAUUCAUCAUGAUCAGAGAGGUGAUAAACAAGUUCUUGUCACACCUGAACGUCUCCAUGACUAUGAUAGCUCCUUUUUAGCACAGGAAAGAGUGGUUCUUCAAGGAGUGCUUUGGCCAUGACAGGACUCAGACUGUCAGGAGCCUCCUUAAAGCGAAGGGAUUUUCAAGCAAAGCUGCAGACGCUAUUGCUAGAAGCUGUAGAAUCUCUUCUAGCAAACUCUAUCAAUCAAAAUGGUCCAUUUUCAGAGGAUGGUGCAAAGAUAAUCACAUUUCUUCUGAGACAACUGUAAUGCAGCUGGCAGACUUUCUUAAUUACCUGAGGAAUACAAGGAAGCUAUCAUCAACCACCAUUAAUGGAUAUAGGUCCAUGCUAAGCUCAGUCUGCAGGCAAAGGGGGCUAGACUUCCCCACUUACCUUGUUCGACCUUUGAUUCUUUGAAAGUUGCAAGAUCUGAUGUAUUGGCAUGAAACUUAGAUGUAGUUUCCUGAAAUGGCUCUCUACCUCCACUUUUGAACCUUUGCACUUGACCUCACAGUGGAAACUCACUCAAAAGACUCUUUCUUAGUAGUGCUGGCAACAGCUAAACGUUUCAGAGAGAUUCAAGCGAUGGACAAGAGAAUAGGGUUCAAUCAAGGAGACGCAGUGUGUUCCAUUUUGUUAUUACAUCAAUAGAACUGUAAAGAUUAGGUGACCAUCAAACAAUUUUUGGUGCUCAGUCAAGAAUCCAUCAAGUCCCCUCUCCAAAAAUGCCCUUUCCUUCUUUCUGAGAAGCCUUAUCUCCGAAAUGCAUUCACAAGUUCAAGAAGACUCUUCCUCUUAUGAGUCAAAGUGCAUGAGGUUCAGGCAGUAGCCACCUCUUUAGCCUUUUGCCACAGUAUGUCUUUGGCCUCAAUUCUGCAGUCCACUUUAUGAAGGUCAAAGUCAAUCUUUGCCCCGCAAUAUCUCAAGGACAGGAGGCAUUGAGGACUGUCUGUCCCUUAUCCUAUCUCCUCACCUUGUAUUAAGGUGUUGAGCUUUUUGAGAAGCCUGGGGGUACAACAUACCCGGAGUACCAUCCAGUUCUUAUUUUAGUGGUUAGGUUGUGGUUUUUUAAUCUAGUGUUGGUGUCAGUAUUGUUGCUUUUUCUGGUAUUGCACCCAGGGCAAGGGCAAUGUCUUCUUUUUCAUUUAUUGGUGUACUGCCAUGGACACAAAGUCCCCACUAAGUAGAAACUAUUCAUGGCCAAUACUGCCAAGUCUUCUACAAUUUAAGAGAGUACUAACCUGCAGCUGCUCUCUUAAAGGUAAGGUACAAUAAGCAUUCUUGCAAUGUUAGCAAAUGUCUAUUUCAAAGCCAUUAUCUUUUCUAUAAUGAUUUGGAGUAGUUAGUCCAUGGUUCCCACCUCCUUGUAAUGUGGAACCAGCUAUGUUAAGUGCUUGGUAAGUUACUUAUUUAAAAAUUUAAUUUUUAUAAUAAAACUAUGUUUUACAUAAUAUACUUGGGAGGUUCUGCUAAUUUGUACCUAAUUAUCCCAAAAGUGGGCAGGACCUCUUCACCUACAAUAGUGAUGGCAGCGCCAUUGCAAAAUCUGAAUUUUGGAGUGCCCAGGUAGGUAGCUUUCAGCUAUGUAACUGCUUGUUAAGUACAUUAUGUAAAACCUAGUUUUAUCAUAAAAAUUUCAUUUUUUUCUUAUAAAACAACAUUUGUAGGAUUCUAAAUCCAACAUUUGACAGCCAAGUCAAGAGAAAGCAACUGUAUAAUCAAAACUUGAAGCAAAGGAUGAAAUGAAACUCGUGUGGCUCUUGGGAAGUUUAAAGUUCCUUAAAUAGUUUUGAAAAAAUUAUAGUGAAGGAUUUAGAGUACUGCUGACUCACCAGCACCACAUGGUUCAAAGGUGAGAAAUAGAAACUGUGGAGGAUGUUCUCAAGCAAUUUACUAUCUACCAAAGUUUAGAUAUAGUUUAUGGUCAGUUUAUCAGUAAAGAGAGGUAAGUCAACCUUCAGCUGUAGAUCUGAGGUGGAGGCUGUUCACCCUGGUCAUGUGUUCUGUUUGUUAAAAUAGAGCCAAACUCAUGAUGAAUUAGCGAGAGAAACUGGCUUGCAUUUGCCAAGUUGUUCAGGAAUGGUGGAGGAGCCAUUUCAUGGUCAUUCUAGAAGACUCUUUGCCCCAUGAAGAAUUAAAGCAGAGCUAUUUCAGUCCAUAAGUUUGUUGCCAACAUUCCAGCUAAUUUUCUUGUCACUGAAUAUUUGUUACCCAGUUACAAUGGAAAUUAAGUAAUGUUUAAGAGAAUGCCCUUUUGCCCUUUGCUUUAUAGGUAGAUUUCUUGGUGACAAGAACAUGACUUGUUUUAGGAAGUGGGAGAGCAGAUUUCUGUGUAUCCCAAAGUAUGCCAGGCUGUGUCAACUUGCAAACUAGGAUUGGCCUUAGUUUUUUUAUAUUCAGAAAGAACCCCAGCAGUUUUUGUGAACAUUUUGAUAAAAUUGUUCACCAUCACACACCCCAACCUGUCUUCUGCCACAAUUGCAAAUUACCAAAUGAUAAACUAUCCUUUUUUCUCACAUUCACCACAAUCACUUUUGUGUACUUUGUAAAGGUGGCUGGAGCUAUGUUCAGCCUGAACGGUAGAAUCUUGAGCCAGGAAUACUGGUUGAAUACCUUUAUUCUACAAGCCCAUCAAAUACCUUUAUUCUACAAACCCAUACAAAGAAUAAGACAUGCUCUGGAUGAGGGCAAAGUACAGACAAAGGCAGUGUCAAGGUGGUAACAUCAUAGCCUCCGAGAGACAGCCCACUGUUCGAACAAUUAAAAGCCCUACACCUCCCUUGCAAGAAUUUGUUAAUGGCAAUAUUCUUUUAAACUCAUUUUUUGCACAAAAUUCACUACUAAAUAAACAAUAAGAGUAAUUAUUAAAAAGACAUCUUAAGAUGAGAGAGAUGCACAAAACAAAACAAAAUAAUCUUAGUGAAUGAUUGGGAGCAUUAGCCAGUACAAGCACAUACUGAGACAAAGAAAAUGACAUUAACUCUGGAAUAUUUGUUCAAACUUAGGAAAAUGCCUUUGACAGACAAAUUAUCAAUUAAUUCAUGUGUUCAAUCUACAAAAUCUUUCAACCAUGCAGCUUUGGAUUUAUUUCUUACAGGGCAAUGGCAAAUUGGGGAGAGUUUCUGUCACAACAUCUGUUCUGUACCACCUGUUGGAGGCCUGAUUUUGGAUUUGACCACGUACACCUGUCUGGAGGGGCAUCAGCCAUCUUGGGGGUGUCCACAAAGCAUAGUUUGUGUUGGGUUUUUGCCAUUUCCAGUUCCCGUUAUAUGAUCGCCAAGUGCCAGUUCCUGGUGACUUUAUAAUGGUGUCUGGCUAUAGGCACACCAUCCCAUAAUUGUCUGCCUGUAGCAAGUUGCACUGGAGACUUAUCCACCCGGGCGUGUUAAGGUGCUGGAGGAUUGCAAGGGAUAUUCCUCCUCUAGUGUUAGUGCUAAUUAUUCUCUCUGCAGUCUUGACAGCUGCCUCUGCCCUACCAUUUGAGUGUGGGUAGUGAGCAGAAGAAAGGAGGAUUGAAGUGGCCCCCCAUCCUGAAGAAUGUGAGCAUUUUGUCAUUAAGUUAGUACCUCUGUCUGUGAAGUAUUUUCUUAGUUGCACCAUCUGGUUGGGAGAAGUUGAGCUGCUUGGGAAAUGGGCUAUUUCUAGCCAUCCAGUCAUCUUGUCUUCAUAAGCCAUGUAUACAUAUGGCCCGCCAUCAGAAACAAGACAAUUACUAUGCACUGUAAGGGGUAAUCAGGAGGUAGCAUGUGGCUCAUCACUUCAGUGGGAAAUGACAGUGCAUAUAUGUCACAUGAAGUACAGGUCGAUCAGAGAUGUUAUAAGUCACCUUCCAUACCUUGCCAGUAAACAGAGUGGCAGGCCUUUUACAACAAGGAGUCGAGACCUUGAUGACCAGCAUUUAAGUUACUUACCACUUGCUGUUGGAUACUUUCUGGGAUAAGUAAAGGGACACAUUCUUAAUCAUAAUUGUAUGUAAUUAAAUUGUCGGCAACAGCCACGUGGUCCCUGAACUGUAGAAUGGGUGCAGACAUGUUUCUUAUGACUUCUUAUGACUUCGGUCUAAACAACCAUAUGCCAGGGUAUUAUUACCUAGAAACUUGACAAGUGGUCAGUGGUCUGUGGCUAUAGGGAGGUUCAGGCAUCCUAAUAGGAAAAGUCUAGCCUUCUUAGAACAGCAAACUACUGCUAGAGCCUCCCCUUCCACAGCUGCAUAUCCCGCCUUGGCAGGUGCAAGACCACAUAAAGCAAUCCUCCACCCCCCUUGCAAAAGAAGGGGUAUUCAACUUAGGUGUGCAAGCAAUAUUGCUGGAGAAUGAUGAAACCUAUCCCUUCCUUGCUCUAGUCUGUAAUUGCUACUUUAGGGUGGCUUUAUCAUAGUAUUCAAGGUCUCCUUAUGGCAGCUGCCAUAUGACAUCCUGUGCUUGUUCAAAUCUUGUAUGUAGCUGAUCAUCCCAAUAGAUGUGUUUCCUUGCAGGUUUCUUCAGGAGUUCUCUAAAAGGGGCAUGAUGGGCGCUGAGGCAAGAAAUAGUGCCAACUGGUUCAUGAAACCUUUCCAUGACCUGAUAUCGGUGAUAGAUGGUUUUACUGGCAUGGAGAAGUUUUUGAUGGCCAUUGAGCUAUCUUCCACAGGUUUAUAGAUGUCCUUUCCUAGAUGAAAGCCCAUGAAAUCAACUUCUCUUAUGCAAAAUUAAUAUUUUUCAGGCUUAGGUGUGAUAUCUUUUCAUCACACGUCACCAGGAAGUUGUAGGUGUGCCAAAAGGCCACAUCUACACUUGCAUCAUAGAGAAGAGUGUCAUUGACACACUUGUCUUUCCGGCGUACCUCUUGAAUGGCAGCAUUAAAUCAUUGUGUGGUGUAGGCAUCUGAGGCAGAGCAGUGGCCCAUGGGUGUCAUGCAGUACAGGUACCAUCCCCAAAGUAUGAAGAAGGUAGUGAGCGUGCACUAUUGCUUGUCCAGUUUUACUUGAUGAAAUCCCUAAUAAAUGUCAGUGACAGUCUUGAAAGAAUUCAAAGGGACACCCAUUACAAUGUCGAAGGGCACAGGUGUAUGGUAUGUCUCUCUCAUGCAGCAUGUGUUAAGUCGCUGGAAAUCGAUGGUGCAUCAGGGCUGACUGGAAUUUUGGCACUACCACCACCAUAUGAGCACACCAUUCUGUUGCCUCUCCAGGUGGAACAGGUUACAGGACCCCUCUUUUUACAUCUUCGUCGAGUUGCGUAGGGAUUGAUGCAUGAGUGUGUCUGGCAUACGGUACUGCUCUGAGGUUAAGAUGAAUGUGAAGAGGCUUACCUGUCAUCAGAAGUAGAGGUUCCCUUAAGGUGCUGAAUAUUGAGGGUGAAAAAUGCUCCAAUAACCAUUACUCAAGUCUUGAACAUUCCCCUCUAAUGGUGGAAGAGGUGCUGCCAUCAGUUUUGGAGGCAUGGGGUCAUAGAAACUGGAGUUGUGUCAUUGAAAGCCCUAGGCCUAUUUACAUCCAAUGAGGCCAAGGGCAUAUGAUGACGGAAUUUCUCUGGCACAAGGUCCAGUUCCUUCCAGACUGUCAGUGAAAGGUAAAAGUGUUUAGCUGUCUUCAUGAAAUAAGCAUCCUGCAAAAUGGAGUGCCAUUCAUAUUUGGUUCAGCAGGUGGCUGAUCCCCUGCACUUCACGGAUAUGUCGGUAACAUCCCUCAGACCAGCCCAGUGUCACAGCAGUGCAGGUCACACAUUAAUCAAUAAAAGCAGAGAGGGUUCUGCUAUACUCUCUUUGGCACCUGUGCAUCCACCACAGGGGGUGAAGUUUAAACUUACCAUUCCUCCUAUAAUCAUGUUCGACCUCCACCUUGAUCGUGGGUUGAGGGGUACGGCAGACUUCAGCCACAACAAUGGCUCCUGAAGCAUCCACAAAGGUUGCAGACCCCCCUGUAUUCUUCUUACUGCUUCUACAGUAUUUCUUCAGAUGGCCUACCUUCUGACAACCUUGGCAUGCAAAGGAUUUGGCUGGGCAAGAGGCCCUCCACAAUUACUUCGGUUAUGGUGUGUAAGGGUCACAUUACCCCUGGCAUACUGGGUCCCUGCAUCCUUGCUGGCCACUUCACUUGUACACCACAUGGCCCAUAAAGUAUGAUACUUUUAAAGAUAUUACUUGACUGUAACACUUGUCUUUUUAAUUCCUAGUUACUAAGGCCUGCCAUAAUUAAGGUAUUUGAAAUCACAAUCAGCAGCAUUCUGUGUGCACUUAAUAAAAUAAUCAUUCGCUACUGAGCUGGCCCUUGCACAACGCUAAACAAAAUCAAGACCAGUGGACUGCCUGAUUUGAUAAUCGAAGCACUAUUUUUUCCACAGUGUGGAGAACUUCCUCGGGUGUGAGAUUACAUUACUGGGGAUCAGUAAACCUGGAGUUAAGGGCAUGUUGAAAGGCAGGGAUGCAGUGUAUUCAAACAUGAUGAACAGCUUCUGUAGGUGGCCACCUGCAAAGUUGCAACCAGAGGGAAAUUGAGCGCCUUCGAGACCGGAAUUCCACCAAAGGCAUCUCAAUCUCGCAUUUCUCUGAGGCUGACGUAUGUGGAAUCCUUGAAAGCAAGGCUGCUUCUGUAUUCAAGGAGACACAAGUAAAGUCAGCCUGAAGCACCCGAAUUGCCUGUUGCUGUGCUGAUAGGACUACCUGAGCCUGUAGCAUGGAUGGGGUUCAGCAGGUGGCUACAGAGGUUUCAAGCCUUUGGGGUCAUGGGCAUAUUCCUGCUAGGAAUAUGCCCCUGCCAUUGCUGGAGAUGUGUAGGUCUUGAGGAAUUCACUGUGCCAUGUUGAGUUGAAUACCUUUAUCCUACAAGACAUGCUGUCUGGUGAAGGCAAAGUGCAGACAGAGAUAGUGAUGAGGCAGUAACAUCAUAGUUGCCAAAAGAAGCCCAUAGGUUGUACACUAAACAUCCCUACAGUAUCCAACCUGAACCAUGGUUACAUCCAUAUGAUCAAUGCAUUUGGAUUACAAUAGGCAUAUUUUAAUCCAGUGUGUAGCAUGCACCUUUUAAGAAGACAGUUUUCCAUUCUGAGGGAUAGUUGCCAUCUCAAACUAUAGACACAUGAUUUGUUUGUACAGGACUAAGAAGCCUUAGAUAACCCUCUUUUUGAUUGAGUAAUUUUAGGGAACAGCGAAGAAAUUGCACUGGGAAUUUAAAACUAGAAAAUAGUGUCCUUAUCCUGAGUGUUCAGAAGGUUUUCGCGGAACUAGAGCCAUUCCCUACUUAUCACCUGAAACUGUAGUCAUUUCCUUUCCCCUUUGCCAACUGGGUUACUCAUUAUUUUUUACUUUGCCCAAAUAGAUAUUAUUUACAGACAAUACCUAUGUUCACAUUUGUUUUUUUAAAUACACAGCCCAAUCAGAAAAGCAACGUCUUUAUCAAACCCAAUAUCCAAUAAUAUUCCUUUUAAAUGUGUUGUUAUAUGGAAUUAUGGGCAGCUUCACUUAAUUGGUAGGAAGACCAGUCUCUCUCAAAAAGACAGAUGAUCAAGCUGCUUCUUUAGGGCGGUAAAGUAGGAGGGGGAGAUUAUCAACGACAGAAUAAGUAAAUGGACUCAUUAGAGCUGCAAACAAGGACAAGAAUAAAAAAUUAUCUGCAUGUCAGAGAAGGAUUUAAACACUAUCUAUUUGUGGAAAUGCAGAAAAGAUUUGAGAAAAUGAGCAUGAAAUGAAAACAACAAAACUCCAUCAUUGCAGAUUUGGGAAUUGUUUAAAAAGGUGCUCAGUGCUCACAGGUACUGAAAAGGUAUUUUGAGACAAGGGGAAACAAAAGCAGUCACAGUGGGACACUGUUAGUCUCAAAAUGCAUUAUGUAGCCAAAACUGAAACCCAUUAGGGCAGUACUUACUGUAGCAAUAAUGAAAACUUAACCACGGUAGUGUGAAGGGUAAAGUGCACAUUUUUAUGACACAUUUCAGUAAAGAUAAUGCAACAAAUUCCCCAUUUGCUACAAGUUAAAAAGAAUUCUAAUAUUUGCAAAAGAUUUAAGAGGGAAUGGAAUGUCAUGAGUCUCAUGACCCUUACCAGUAACCUACAAAAUGAGUGUUCUUAAAGAUGACAUCCUGAGCACCGACUGUAGUCCAGAGUGUAUGUGAUCACCUACCACCUCUCAUAGUAUUAUUUACUUGAACACUGUGUACAUGGUCACAUGCCUCAAACCAAAGUGCAAUGUGGUAUAUGGCAAUAGGCCACUGUAAUCUUGUUCAAAUCACAAAAUAUAUACAGUGGAACCUCGACAUACGAAAGUCCCAACUUACGAAAAAUUCAAGUUACGAAAGUAAACAUGAAGAUUUUUUUGCCUCUACAUAAGAAAAUAAUUCAGGUUACGAAAGGGUGUUACUGUAAAGUUCCAAGAUUCACCCGGACCGCCAAGAACAACUUUAAAACUCACACGCUACCAACUGAGUAGACAUGCCACCAUCCUCCCACUCUCCCAUUGGUUCCUGAUGCUAGUCACUGCCGUAAGAUCCUGCUCUCCUAUUGGUCAGCAUUUCUCCCAUCGUGCUCUACGUAAAGGCAUUCUUCGGCCACUCUGUAGCAGCAUUGUUAUCGUAAGCACGCUGAAUUUGUUCGUUCAUAUAUGAUUUCAUUUGUUAACGUAAAUUCGUGUUAGUGAUUUCGCUUUGUACUUUAUCGUGUUGUGUGAGAACUUUAGUACAUAACUUAAUUAUGUACGUAUAGUCAUGGGUCCCAAGAAAGUUGCCAAAGUUCACAGAAAGAAGAGGAUGCUUUCUAUGGAGACAAAGGUGGAGAUUAUCAAGAAGUAUGAGGCUGGCAUGCAGUUGAGUGUGAUCGCUAAGGAAUACGGCCGAAAUCCGUCGACGAUAGGCACCAUCCUUAAGCAGAAGGAAGCCAUCAAAGCAGCUACACCUUCCAAGAGCAUGACUAUUUUGUUCAACAAGAGGAGCCACGUGCACGAUGAGAUGGAGAGGCUGCUUCUUGUAUGGAUAAAAGACAAAGAAAUUGCUGGCAAUACAAUAACCAAGACGGCAAUCUGCCACAAGGCCAGCGCUAUUUUCGGCGAUUUGAUUGCCCAGGCCGAAGACGAUGGAGAUGAAGGGAUAUCGACGCCAACCCCAGACUUCAAGGCUUCUCGUGGGUGGUUUGAAAAAUUCCAGAAACAAGCUGGCAUACAUUGGGUGGUGCAGCAUGGGGAGGUGGCCAGCUUGGACACGAAAGCGGCCGAAGCCUUUAUUAAGACGCUCGACAAGAUGACGAUCAAGGAAGGCUACAGUUCUCAGCAAGUCUUCAACUGUGAUGAGACUGGCUUUUUUUGCAAAAAAAUGCCUCGUCGGAUGUACAUCAUAGAGGAAGAGAAGAAGCUACCCGGGCAUAAGCCUAUGAAAGACAGGCUUACACUUGCACUUUGUUCGAACGCCAGUGAGGAUUGUAAGGUCAAGCCCCUACUUGUCUAUCAUUCCGAGACUCCUCGAGCCUUCAAAGCCCACAAAGCGUUAAAGGAGAAGCUUCCAGUGAUGUGGAGGGCUAAUCCAAAAGCCAGGGUAAUGAGACUUUUGUUCACCGAGUGGGAAAAUCUCUGUUUUGGCCCAACAGUGAAGAAAUUCUUGGAAGAGAAGUGCAUCCCUAUCAAAUGUCUGCUGGUGUUGGACAAUGCCCCUGCUCACCCUCCUGGCCUCGAGGAAGAUAUCCUAGUGGAGUAUUUUUUUAUCAAGGUUCUUUAUUUUCCGCCUAACACCACCCCUCUCCUUCAGCAAGUGAUAUCGAACUUCAAGAAGCUGUAUAUGAAACAUCUUUUCAAGAGAUGUUUCAACAUCACCAUACCACAAACCUCACCUUGCGUGAAUUUUGGUAGGAGCAUUUCGAUAUCGUGAUAUGCAUCCGACUCAUCGAUCAAGCUUGGCAGGAGGUUUUGAGGCAAACCUUGAAUUCUUCGUGGAGGAAACACUGGCCUGAUGCCGUAUCCGCCCGAGACUUCAAGGGAUUCGACGUGGGUGAGCUGAUGCAGAUUCAGAAACAGUUGACAAUCCUGAAACUAUUUCGCAAGUUGAUGAUAUUAUUGAAACAUUACAUCCACAACUAAGGUAACGUUGUUUCCUCCUUAAAUCAAGGCCUUUUUGCUUAGAGCUUCCAUAAUGUGCACAUACAAACGUCACUGUGGUAUACUUAAGUUCUUCUGGCAUCGGAUGCUGCCGACGUUUGUACUAUUCAAAUUCAACGGAAUUUGAGAUUCAACUCUGAAAACGCUGCCUUCUUUUCUUUAUAUUUUUUUUAAUAACACAUUAAAUUCUUCAAACUAUUAUGACUGGUCCGUGUCAUAGGAGCUUUCUCCCUCAGACUUUCUGAACCAUUAUACACUGAGUACAAAGUAUCUAUUUGGAAAGUCUACAUCUAUAAGCAUCAUUAGCGAAAACGGUGGUAAACUGGUUAUUAAUACCAUUGCCCUUUUCAAGGUCUAUAGAGAGUGGAUUCUCUACCUUAAUUGGGCCUUAUACCUAACCACCGCUCGGUAUUGUUAAUAUUCUGAAUCGUUAUUGUCACCGAGCGGUGGUAGCUAACACUGUUUAUGUUUUCAUGAACUAGCUAGUGGGACCUGGAACCCAGGCGGUAAGGCCGGGUGCCACGGGCCCAGACGAUGUGACUUUUUUAAAAUGUUUUCUUAGAGAAAAUGUACAAUAUUUUACAAUUUUAACAGAAUUACAUUCAGAAUUUUACCCAAGUUAACUUACAUUGACUAGAAUUUAACAAAAAUCUUAUCUUGUACUUUUUACAAAUAAUCUGUGUUUUAAUGUAAAUAUUUUUCUGUAAUAUUUUAUCAGUAUACAUAUCUAUUUUUAUUAAAAGUUAUCUAUCACCAGUUUUUUUUCUUUGCUGAGCUAAUGCUCGAACUUUUUAUUUCCUUUUCUUGUUAUUUCCUGCGUUGUUGUACCUGCCCUACCUGUCAGAACGUAAGAAUUCACAAUUCCAUGUUUACCGUAAACUACCAACCGAGCGGUAGUUUUCCCGGAUGUAAUUUUCACGUGUAUCUUACCAUAUUCAGCAACGAUUUGAAAAUGGCUUGGUCUUGUUAGUAAGUUAGUCAGUCACUUACGUGGGAUUCCGCACCGGUGAAAAGUGCUUACAGACAACAGACAGACAGACCAAAUUACUGUUUUUUUGUAGUAAGAUGGUUCACACAUGCACAUUUUUUCACAUAUCUUAUGAUAUUAUACAUUAAUAUUUAAUGUGGGACAAAAAGAAUUUCAUUAAUCUAUUUCCCAUUUUGAUGAAAAACUAACAAUGCUGAGAUAAACCAGAGUACUUUCUGAUCAUCACGAAUUGCGGAUCUUAGUCAUUUAAGGAAACAUGCUUUCGGUUGAAAUAAUUGUUUUAAAGCAAUUUUUUAAGUUUUAAAGCAGUUCCUGAAAUGGCUGUCCCCAUUCCAUAGACUUCCGAUUCCUGAAAAGGACUGGAUUUGCUGGUUCGCUUAGCUAUUAAUUGCUGUGUUAUUACCAUUUUAUUCAUGAUGUCACUAAGUAAAUGAAACUGAAAAACUGCCAUUUUGACUGUUAUUAUUAUAGAUACAAGAUGACAGUGUCAGUAGAAUGAACUAACCUCGACGCUCUUGGUUUGUGUGGAGCCUUCCAUAUAUGUAUACAGUUGCUAUAUUGCGGGGUGGAGAGGGGCUCGAUCGCAUAUUAUUCUGGGAUAGCCCAGAGUCAAAGUAUAUAGGGUCUGCUCAACUCGGCAGUGGGGGCGGAGCUAAUACUGUGACGUCAUAAGAGUAACACUUCCCGUGCUUAUCCAUUGAAUUACUUAAAGAACCUUUAGUUUUUAUACAUUUAAUCCAUAUAGCAUGGUGUUUUGAUAAAAUCUUGAUAAAAUCUGUAAAGAGGUCACAUGCUUGAUGUUUUAUAAUACCCAUUCUCUCAUUUAGCCACCUAGCCUUGUUUUAUUUCACACAAAAUAAACCAGUUUCAACACAGAGCUAGCCCAGCUUUCUUCAUUUGUUUAUUCUUUACUUAUUUAUAUGCUUACCUAUAUACUGGUUUGCUGUAUUCUCUUCAAGUCCAUUUUUUAUAUCAUGACAACUCUCUCUCUCUCUCUCUCUCUCUCUCUCUCUCUCUCUCUCUCUCUCUCUCUCAGGUAGUAAUAUUAUCAAGAUUACAAAUAAUUGUUAAGAAAUGUAUUUAGUUCUGUCACUGUGUUCAUACCUCACUUUGAAAAGCAACAUUUUUUUAUUUAUGCUAAAGUUAGAAUUAUAGGUUAAUUAUAUUUUCCAAAUCUUAUUGUGAAUACUAAUUGUUAUGCAAUAAAUACAUAGAAAAUGUGGAUACAGGCAGUGUAAAAAAUGGCAGUUGCAUUUGCACGACUUUACCAAAAAAAAGAAAACAAUAUCAAAAGUAUAAGAAUUACAUCAUAUACGAUAUAAGGUAUCAAAGGAAUAGAUGAUGAAGACAAUGAUACAAAGAACACAUUUCCAGCAAAUUUCUCAUUAGCACUUCAUAUCACAUAAAUAUACAUCCGAACACGUAAGGUUACAUAUAACACAAAGUAUGUACAAAAAGGUAUUCGUCAGUCUGGCUGGAUGUAACUGAUGACGUUUUACACAAGGGGAGGGGCUAGAUUUCAGCUUUCCCACGAACGCUUAAUUUUUAUCAUUUUUGCGUGCUUAGAUAAUUUUUUCUGUGCGCGCUUAUGAGUUUGAAAGUAAUUGUAAUUGUAAUGUGUCAUAUACCAAUUGAAAGGGCAUUCUUUGUAAUUUUACGUGGUAUUUGGCAAAAUGUAAUAAGACGAAAAUGUAUGUAAGAAAAAUGUGGUAAAUAUUUUCAUGAAAUUAAAAAAAAAUUAUGGUCCGUCUUUGACCUAGAAUUCCUCAAAAAUUUCAGAGACCACCAAUCAAUUUUAGUUAUGCAUUAUAUAGUAAAUUUGAUCAGCUUUCUAGUCCACUUUUCAGAUUUUUUCUAGCAUCAUCCCUUAGUCAGAUACGCUAAGAAACGUGAAUGUAUGUAGGUUGACGGAUGAAGUAAUUGCACAUUUUUGUGUGCGUAGAUAAUUUUUUCAUUGCGCGCUUGUGGGUUUGAAAGGGCAUUCUUUGCACUCUAACGUAGUAUACGGCAACAUGUAACAAGAUGAAAAUUUAUAUAAAAAAAACUCCAUCGUAAAAAUAGUUAUAUAAAAAUGUUAUUGUAAAUAUAGUUUCAUAAAGAUAUGGUUAUUUUGUAGCUGAUGACGUUUCACAAGGGGCGGGGAUAGGCACAGAUAUAAAAGCCUAGAUGCCGCAUCAGCCGCUAGCUGAAUAGGCUGGCGCACGUCAUCAGGCCCGCCAUCUUGGCGCGGUAAUUCAAACAAUGCAGCAGGCUGCAGUAUAUGACGUUUUUUGCCACUAUUCGCUUAAUAUUGCACGGAUUUUCUUGUCUGAUGGCUCGUUACAAAGCUUACAUAACCCCUACAAGAAUCUAAUAAAAUAAAGUUGUUCCUUAUUGUCUGAAAGUUAACUUGCAAUGAUUUUGUUUUAGCAGGUAGGGGGAAGGGGGCUAGUUGUACACAAAUGUUAAUAUUUACCCAUAACUAUUGCUGUAAACAAUGAUUUGAAAUGCUGUGAUAAGACAGCCUACGAAAAAAAAAUUGUUCAAACAAUAUUGUUUAAGGGCCAUUAGGUCAAUAGGGUAAAUCGUGUGUUGGACACUAAUUUGAUGUUUCUAGAUUUCUUUCACUGCAUUAUAGCUAUGUAAUAUUAAAGUGUUAAUCUGUUCCUUGUAAUAAGAACUACAUGGCCAAGCAAGGCACAUAAUGAGUUUUUGUUGAUGUUUUGAUAUAGCCUGCUAAUUUCAUAUCAAUGUAUAUAGAUUAUCAUUACAAUGUAGUAUCAUUAAACUGUUGGAAACAGCAAUGAAAAAAAAAACUUGUUUAAACUGCUGGGAAUAUUUAUAAAUAAAUGCACAGAUGUACAAUAAAUGUUAUAUAUACAUUCAAUGUAAGAACAAAUAUCAUGAACAUAAAUCAUUGUGCAAUAUAUUUUGAGAGUUGUUAUUUCAAAGUAUAGGCUUAAUGACCCAUAAGGCCACCCAUAGCUUUAAAUUUACAUGUGUGACCAAACCAAUGAACAGUUAGCUGAAAAAAAAUUAGACUGGCCUUAUGAUUGUGCCUAGGCUAAAAGGCUCGGUUGGCGGGGGUGGGGGGGGGUUGUACUAUGACCGGGUAUACAGGGUUGCUAGUCAGGAUUGGCUCAUUUUGGCAAUUUUGGUCUAGAGAUGUGUCCCCUUCUGGAAGGGUAGAAGUAUAGAGAUGGCCCAGGCCCUUAUCCCAAAUAAGGUAUAAUAAUUUGGGUCCUUGACAACACAGGUCUAGAGAUGAGCUAUAUUGAACUGUUAAUGCUUGCCAUAAUGAUAUAUCCUAGUCUGAGCAAAUUAAAGGUAGUUUUGUGAAAAAUUUAAGUUCUAUAUAAUUAUUUCACCAUAUAAAAUUAGGUCUAGAGAUAGGUCACUUUUGCCACUAGACGAGGUCUCUUGAUCCCCCCUAAAUUUUCCAAAGCCAGGUCUAGAGGUCAGAAUUCACUGAGGAGCAUCCCGUUCAAAAAAAUUGGAAGAACCCCCACACCCCCCAGGCUCAAAGGAGCAGGCAGAUGCAAAGGCUAGAUAACACAGAAAUCCUAGUUAUUCUAGGGCCUACUGUAGUUUAUUUUAGGCUCAACCCUACAGUUUUAUGACUUAAACUAGUAGGCCUGUGCCAAAAAUUAUAUUGGGAGAUUUUUUAACAGAGCACUUCGAGAGACAAAGAUUUUACUUAAGUUGCACAGAUCCAUAGCUGUGGGCCUACUUUAGUAAUCUGUCUUAUCACAGCAUUUCAAAUUAUUGUUUACAGCAAUAGUGAUGGGUAAAUAUUAACAUUUGUGUACAACUAGCCCCCCUUCCCCCUACCUGCUAAAACAAAGUCAUUGCAAGUUAACUUUCAAACAAUAAGGAACAACUUUAUUUUAUUAGAUUCUUGUAGGGAAUUAUGUAAGCUUUGUAACGAGCCAUCAGACAAGAAAAUCCGUGCAAUAUUAAGCGAAUAGUGGCGAAAAAACGUCACAUACUGCAGCCUGCUGCAUUGUUUGAAUUACCGCGCCAAGAUGGCGGACCUAAUGACGUAUGUCCGGCCGGCCGAUGCGGCAUCUAGGAUUUAAUAUCUAUGGGGAUAGGUUUUAGUAUCCCCUCGUGAGCUGACCCGAUAUACUUUGAAUCGGCGAUAGCCCAUCACUUUCGGAGACAGGUUCGAAUAAUGAUCAUAUUUUGUGCAACAGGAAUGAUCACCUUCACGGGAUCGUUGAAGCCGAAACUAUGCGGAUUUAUUAUGAUGGGAAUCCUUGAAACGUUCUACUGUAGGCGGAGUUUGUGUUACUUGCCAGAGGACUACCUAGACCUCUGAAGCCUUUGGUAAGUUGAGGAGCUCCUUUUAAAACCAUACUUGAAAGGGUGAGGGGAUACUGUGCGUGGAGUAGAGAGAGAUAAGCAGCAGCACACGCUGCAGACCUUCCCAGCGUAACAUAUUAUUGAAACUGAUGAUGUAGAGUAGAGGGGAGACACACAUAUACACAUGAAAUUAUGAACUUGCGAAGUUUGACGCAGCAGUGUUCGUGGCCAGUUCAGGAUUUUCCAAGGCACUGACCGAAGUUCACCAAAUUGGCCAUUCACUUUCAAAGGAGAAUUAUUACAAAAAAAUAAAAACUGCUUUCCCUUUCAGCAUAAUGUAUUGUCUUAACAAUCGCAUUCGCUGUAUUUUUGUGUGUUGUAUAUAGUCUACAAAUAAUCAUUGUACAUAAUAUACAUAUAAUAGGUCACUGUGAAUUUGAUUUAUUGUUAGUUAUGCCAUUCAGUGAAAAAUACCCAAAAAUGGUAUUCAUCACUGUAAUGUUAAUUUGUUGAGUGUGGAAUUUCCCUUAAAGGUUAUCAUCAUUAUGAAUUAAUAAUUAUGUUAGUACUGGUGUUCUCUGCGAAAAUGUUCCUUAAUGAUUGCAACCGCAGUAGUGUUGUUAGUUGUGAAAAUUCCUAUUAUUGUAAUAAUGGUUUUAAUGUUGUAUUCAGUGUGGAAUUUCCGAUAAUGGUAAUACAGUAAUAAUGGUACUGCUGUUCAGUGUGAAAUGUACCAUAAUGUAGUAAUGUUAUGAUGAAGAAUAAAAGAAAGAUAGAU